CACACCCUCUCCGCUCAGUUGGUGUGGGCGGUGAGAGCUGUGCCACGAUUGGUUGAGUGCAGGGUGGGUGUGCGAUGCGGAUUGGAGGAUGUCGGGGGACUGGGAAGACGACCUUUGUAAGAAGGCGUUGGUGCUGGUGGAGGAACUGUGCUUCCGGUCUGGAGGCUUGAGCCAGAGUGCGAGCUGUCAGGAGUUCAGCUACAUGAUGAGAGGACCUAACGGACAGCUGAACACAGAGAUCUCAGUGAGUCUGCUCUCCGUCAUUGUAACGUUCUGUGGCAUCGUGCUGCUCUCUGUCUCUCUCUUCGUCUCCUGGAAGCUCUGCUGGUUGCCGUGGAGAGAUAAGGAAGGCGGGGGUCUGAGCUUGAUGUCGGGGCUCCUGCCCGGCGGUGCCGGUUUGGGUGGGGUUGGAGGUGGAGGGGGUGCCUCUCUCCUUCCUCCCUUGUUGCAGAGGAAAGAUACUCAAUCCUCUUCCUCGCUGUAUCCCUCGCUCUCGCAGCAUGGUCAGCCUCACCCCCAUUUCUCCGACCUAACGGGGGUGGAGGGCGGAGGGGGGCUGGUAGUGGGGGGUGUGGUUGGGGGUCCACAGGAGAUGCAGGAGCAUUCUUACCUAGACAUGGACUCUUAUCCCAACAGUGCUGCAAACCUUAAGUUGAGCCAGACAUCUCCCGAGUUGCCCCCGGCAACAGAAGGAGGCUCAGCUGCGAAAGACCUGCCCAAUGCCCAAUCCCAGCAGCAGGUCACCACCAGGCCUAAGCCCAUGACUCACCAGCUUUCCAGCCCUGAUUUCCAUGGUGAGGAAAAGAGUGAGCAGCUGACCAGCAUUGGGCAGAUCAAACCAGAACUUUACCGGCUGCGCCAGGGAGACCAGGGGGAUGGCAAACAAGGCGACACCUGUGGCAAAAUCAGCUUCCUCCUGCGCUACGCCUUCAACACGGAGCAGCUGGUGGUUAAGAUACUGAAAGCCCUGGACCUCCCGGCGAAGGAUGCCAAUGGUUUCUCCGAUCCUUAUGUCAAGAUCUACUUACUGCCUGAUAGGAAGAAGAAAUUUCAGACCAAGGUGCACAGAAAAACUCUCAACCCGGUUUUUAAUGAGACGUUCCAGUUCGGCGUGCCUCUGGCGGAGCUGCACUCGCGCAAGCUCCACUUCUCCAUCUACGACUUUGAUCGUUUCUCCAGACAUGACCUCAUAGGUCAAGUGGUGGUGGAUAACCUGCUGGACUUCAGCGAGGGCACCGGGGAGAAGCCAGUUUGGAGAGACAUCGUAGAAGGAACCGCGGAGAAAGCUGACCUGGGCGAGCUGAACUUCUCACUGUGUUACCUGCCAACAGCUGGCCGACUGACCAUCACCAUCAUUAAGGCCACCAAUCUGAAAGCCAUGGACCUCACGGGCUUCUCAGAUCCAUACGUAAAGGCUUCUCUGGUUUGUGAAGGUCGAAGGCUGAAAAAGAGGAAGACGUCCAUAAAGAAGAAUACUCUCAAUCCCACGUAUAAUGAGGCUCUGGUCUUUGAUAUCCCCAACGAGAACAUUGAGAAUGUGUCGCUCAUCAUCGCCGUCAUGGACUACGACUGGUAAGA